AUGGCGGCGGGAGGCAGCGGCGGGCGCGCGUCGUGCCCGCCGGGGGUCGGCCCGGGCGCGGGGGGCGCCCCGGGGCCCAGCGCCAACGCCGCCGCGCCUGCCCCGGGCAACGCGGCCGCCGCUGCCGCUGCCGCCGCCGCCGCCGCUGCCGCCGCCGCCGCCGCCGCCGCCUCCUCGCCCGGGUCGGCCCCCGCCGCCGCCGCCGCCGCGCCGGGCCCCGGGGCGGACGCGCAGGCCGCGGGCGCCGAGCGCGAGGAGGCGGCGGGGGCGCUGCUGCGCGAGCCCGCGUACAACUGGCAGGCGUCGAAGCCCACGGUGCAGGAGCGCUUCGCCUUCCUCUUCAACAACGAGGUGCUGUGCGACGUGCACUUCCUGGUGGGCAAGGGGCUCGGCGCGCAGCGCGUCCCGGCGCACAGGUUCGUGCUGGCCGUGGGCAGCGCCGUCUUUGACGCCAUGUUCAACGGGGGCAUGGCCACCACGUCCACGGAGAUCGAGCUGCCGGACGUGGAGCCCGCCGCCUUCCUGGCGCUGCUCAAGUUCCUGUACUCGGAUGAGGUGCAGAUCGGGCCCGAGACGGUCAUGACCACGCUGUACACGGCCAAGAAGUACGCGGUGCCGGCGCUGGAGGCCCACUGCGUGGACUUCCUCAAGAAGAACCUGCGGGCCGACAACGCCUUCAUGCUGCUCACGCAGGCCCGCCUGUUCGACGAGCCGCAGCUGGCCAGCCUGUGUCUGGAGAGCAUCGACAAGCACACGGCCGACGCCAUCGCCGCCGAGGGCUUCACGGACAUCGACCUGGACACGCUGGUGGCCGUGCUGGAGCGCGACACGCUGGGCAUCCGCGAGGUGCGGCUGUUCAGCGCCGCGGUGCGCUGGUCCGAGGCCGAGUGCCAGCGGCAGCAGCUGCCCCUGACGCCCGAGAACAAGCGCGCGGUGCUGGGCGCCGCCCUGGGCCUCAUCCGCUUCCCGCUCAUGACCAUCGAGGAGUUCGCGGCAGGCCCCGCGCAGUCGGGCAUCCUGGGCGACCGCGAGGUGGUUAGCCUCUUCCUGCACUUCACCGUGAACCCCAAGCCGCGCGUGGACUUCAUCGACCGGCCGCGCUGCUGCCUACGCGGGAAGGAGUGCAGCGUGAGCCGCUUCCAGCAGGUGGAGAGCCGCUGGGGCUACAGCGGCACCAGCGACCGCAUCAGGUUCUCGGUCAACAAGCGCAUCUUCGUGGUGGGCUUCGGGCUGUACGGCUCCAUCCACGGCCCCACCGACUACCAAGUAAACAUCCAGAUCAUCCACACGGACAGCAACACCGUCCUGGGCCAGAACGACACCGGCUUCAGCUGCGACGGCUCGGCCGGCACCUUCCGCGUCAUGUUCAGGGAGCCGGUGGAGGUGCUGCCCAGCGUCAACUACACGGCCUGCGCCACGCUCAAGGGCCCCGACUCCCACUACGGCACCAAGGGCCUGCGCAAGGUGACCCACGAGUCCCCCAGCACUGGCGCCAAGACCUGCUUCACCUUCUGCUACGCCGCGGGGAACAACAACGGCACCUCGGUGGAGGACGGCCAGAUCCCCGAGGUCAUCUUCUACACCUAGCGGGCCGAGCCCCCCGGAGUCCCCCAGAGUCCCGGGGUCUUCUAUAGCUAGCAGGCCGAGCCCCCCGGAGUCCCCCAGAGUCCCGGGGUCUUCUACAGCUAACGGGCCGAGCCCCCCGGAGCCCCCCAGUCCCCGGGGUCAUCUUCUACAGCUAGCGGGGCCGCGGGGCUCUGGGGUCAUCUUCUACACCUAGCGGGCCCAGAGCCCCGGGGUCUUCUACACCUAGCUCGGGGCCUCGCCGUGGGGGCCGGCCUCGGCGCCCAGAGCCCCCCGCCGUGGCUGCUGUGGCUGUGGGCGUGGCCGCUGUGGCUGUGGGUGUGGCCGCCCAGGCCGGGGGCGGGGCUGAGGCUUUGGCCAAACCCAGGGCGGCACCCACCUGUACAUAGCCUAGCCCCCGCCCCACGACCCCUGCCAUGGGAGGCCGCUCACGCGCCCCCAGAUGAUUUUUUUAAAUAAAGGAAGAAACGCACGUGUCUGGAGCCGCAUCCCUUCCGUCCGCGCUCAGCCCACGGGCGCAGCCCACGGCCCCACGGGAGGUGUGGCCCCGGGGCCACAGCCACACAGAAGCCACCCCCGAAGAGCGCGGGGGUCCGAGCCGGCACGCACCAUCCGCGGGAGACGAGUGGUGGCCAGAAGCCGACACCCCCACCCACGCACACACCCGGGGAGGGGGCACUGGGGUUCCGCCUCUGCCGCCCACGUGGCGCCCUGCUGACGGCCGGGGAGGCGGUGGGCUCCUGGGCUCGGCCCGGCCGCGGAUGGGAGAGCCCAGUGGACCUCUGCCUUCACGUCGCUCUUCAAAUAGACAUUUACACCAUUCACGGGUCCAUCGCAGUCUGUUCUUGAAGAGUUGUUAUUUGAAGGGCAGAGAGAGAGAGAGGUCCUCCAUCCGCUGGGUCACUCCCCAAUCGGCCACAACGGCCAGGGCUGCGCCGACCAGGAGCUGGGAGCUCCAUCCGGGUCCCCCACAAGGGUGCAGGGGCCCAGGGACUUGGGCCAUCGUCCACUGCCACAGCAGAGAGCUGGACCGGAAGAGGGGCAACCACAUGGAUGGCGGCAGUGCAGGCGCCGGCCCCCCAAUCUAUUUUCACAAACUGCAGGUCCUCCUACAUACGGACUUAAACAUGUUUUGUGGCA